UCGGUCGCAAAAUGUGGAAAAAUUUAAUUUGUUUAAUCUUUGUAGUAAGUUCGUUAGUUUCAUUCUCGAGUACAACUCGAAUUCCUGAACGUGAUAAUACCGAUACAAAUUCUUUAACGAAUUCCCAAUUUGCUGAGUUGAGAGCGCAGCAGAGAAAUUCCGAUACGGUGAUUGGAGGUCUGUUCAAUGCACUUAAAGCGGAGCAGGAACGACAGCGAAAGCUGACAGAUGAACUUGUUCAGGAAUCUGCUAAACGCAAUUCGUUUUUUAAUCCACACAACUGUACCGAGGCCAAGUUCAGUGGCAUCUAUGACAUAGUCGUCCCCAACCUUAGCAGUCAACCCUUCAAAGUGGAAUGUGAUGCGAAUACUCGAGGAGGAGGUUGGACGAUUAUCCUGAGGCGGAUGGACGGAAGUAUCGACUUCUAUCGUAACUGGGCUGCAUACAAAAAGGGAUUCGGAGAACUAUAUGGCGAGUUCUUCUUGGGAUUGGAUAAAAUACACGCAUUGACGGCAGACGGGAAUCAGGAAUUACUUGUCGUCCUUGAAGACUUCAAGGGAAAUGAAAAAUUUGAGCUGUAUGAUAGUUUUGCAAUCGGCGACGAGGACCAAGAAUAUGCCCUACACACUCUAGGCGAAGCGAGUGGAACUGCGGGUGAUUCACUUAGAAGACAAUAUAGAAUGGCAUUUAGCACCUAUGAUCGAGAUAAUGAUAUUUGGCAAGGCGGAAACUGUGCCACAUCCAGCUUAGGCGCCUGGUGGUACGCUAGUUGUCACGACAGCAACUUGGCGGGGACGUAUGAUGAUGACAGAUUCACCAAAGGCGUCAAUUGGGUAACUUUUAAGGGUUAUGAGUACUCCCUCAAAAAAGCCGUCAUGAUGAUACGUACAAAGAAGUGAACACUGAGACUCGACAAUGAUUAAGAUCUUCUCCAUUGUUAUAUUUUAUUGUAUAUUUUCAUCAUUUAAAUAAAGGACACUCUCUUUAUGUCUCUCUCUCUCUC